AUGUGGGGGCGCUUCCUGGCCCCUGAGGCCGGCGGCCGGGACAGCCCCGGCGAAGCCCGCAGCUUGCCCGCGGGCCCAGAUUAUUCUUCAUCAGCAUGGUUACCUGGUAAUGAAUCAUUGUGGCAGGCCACAACUGUCCCAUCUAACCAGCGAAAUAGCCAUAUCAGGAGACAUAGUAUAGCUUCUGACAGUGGUGAUACUGGCAUUGGAACUUCCUGUUCUGACAGCGUGGAAGAUCAUUCAACUUCAAGUGGCACAUUAUCUUUUAAGCCUAGUCGGUCAUUGGUUACUCUUCCUACUGCCCAUGUCAUGCCGUCUAACUCCAGUGCUUCAGUUUCCAAACAUAGGGAAUCAUUGACAUCAGAUGGCUCAAAAUGGAGUAUAAGCCUCAUGCAAGCAUUGGGAAAUCAUAGUAGGGGGGAGCAGGACUCUUCACUGGACAUGAAGGACUUCCGGCCCCUCCGGAAAUGGUCAUCUUUAUCCAAACUCACCGUCCCAGAGAACUGUAGCCAGGGUGGCAUGGUGCACACAGAAGAAUCAAGGAGAGGUUUGGAAAAGACAGGGAGAGACAAGGCAUUAACAGCACAAUUAAGGACCAUUGGACCUAGCUGUUUACAUGACAGUAUGGAGAUGCUUAAGCUAGAGGAUAAGGAAAUAACUAAAAAACGACCAUCAACUCUGGACAGCAAAUAUAAAUAUGAGAGCUGUAGCAAAGAGGACUUUAGAGCUUCUUCCUCCACUCUCAGGAGACAGGCCUUAGACAUGACAUACAGUGCCUUACCUGAAAGCAAGCCUAUUAUGACAAGCUCAGAGGCUUUUGAAUCUCCGAAAUAUUUAAUGCUUGGUCAGCAGGCAGUAGGUGGAGUUCCCAUUCAGCCUUCUGUGAGGACGCAGAUGUGGCUCACUGAGCAGUUGCGGACAAACCCCUUGGAAGGUAGAACUACAGAGGACUCUUACAGUUUAGCUCCUUGGCAGCAGCAGCAAAUUGAAGAGUUUCGGCAAGAAAGGGAAACACCAAUGCAGGUUUUGUCUGGAUCAUCUCGUCAAAGUUAUUCACCUCCCGGCUAUCAAGAUUUCAGUAAGUGGGAAUCAGUGCUGAAAAUAAAAGAAGGACUGCUAAGGCAGAAAGAGAUUGUAAUUGAUCGGCAGAAGCAACAAAUUACCCACCUGCAUGAAAGAAUAAGGGAUAAUGAAUUACGAGCCCAACAUGCCAUGUUAGGACAUUAUGUAAAUUGUGAGGAUUCUUAUGGGGCUGGUUUGCAGCCACAAUAUGAGAACACCUCCCUCCAGACUCCAUUUUCAGACCAGUCAGCAUCCCAUUCCCAGCACGAGGAACUUGAGCAAAAGCUUGCAUCUACUGAGAAAGAAGUUUUACAGCUCAAUCAGUUUCUCAAACAAAGAAUAAGCCAAUUUAGUGAAGAGAAGAAGAAACUGGAGGAAAAGCUUAAAACCAGAGAUAGAUACAUUAGUAGCUUGAAAAAGAAAUGCCAGAAGGAGUCUGAACAGAACAAAGAAAAGCAGAGAAGAAUUGAGACCUUGGAAAAGUAUCUGGCUGAUCUUCCAACUCUUGAUGAUGUGCAGAGUCAGAGUCUACAGCUUCAAGUUCUAGAAGAAAAAAACAAGAAUUUGCAAGAGACUUUGAUAGAUGUGGAAAAAAAGCUUGAAGAGUUCAAAAAACAAUAUCAAGAAAAAGAGGCACAGCUAAUAUGCCAGAAAAAGAAAGAAAAGGAGUUGGUAACUACAGUUCAGAGUUUGCAGCAAAAAGUAGAAAGAUGCCUUGAAGAUGGAAUUCGCCUUCCUAUGUUAGAUGCAAAACAGCUUCAGAAUGAAAAUGAUAACCUGAGACAACAAAAUGAGAAUGCCAAUAAGAUAAUAGAUAGCCAACAAGAUGAGAUUGACAGAAUGAUUUUGGAAAUUCAGUCUAUGCAAGGGAAACUUUCUAAAGAAAAAUUGACUACUCAAAAGAUGAUGGACGAGCUGGAGAAGAAAGAAAGAAACCUUCAGAGAUUAAGAACAUUGCUUGAUAACCAAAGACAAACAGAAGAGACCUGCUCUUUAUUGGAUCAGGGCCAGGAAGCAGAACAGUCCAGGCAGCAGACGGUUCUUUCCAAAAGGCCACUCUUUGAUUUGAGUGUGAUUGAUCAGCUGUUCAAGGAAAUGUCCUAUUGUUUGCUUGACUUGAAGGCAUUGUGUAGUAUUCUUAAUCAGCGUGCUCAGGGCAAGGAGCCUAAUCUUUCUUUAUUACUGGGAAUCAGAUCAAUGAACUGUUCAGCUGAAGAAACUGAGAAUGACCACAGCCCAGAAGCACUCACUAAAAAACUGUCAGAUGUAUGCCAGUUACGGAGGGACAUAGAUGACUUACGGACCACAAUAUCAGACCGCUAUGCUCAGGACAUGGGAGACAGCUGUGUUACCCAGUGACCAGUGUUGGGCCCACAGCAAUACCGACCCACUGCGGAGU